ACUUACCUAAUAAUUGUGUGCUUGUCUGGCUAGUAAUCGUUAUUGAAGUAUCCUUAAUGUUCCGACUAACUCAGGUGGGGCCACAUUUGUUCUCAGUGCAAGUGGAUUUAUGCACAAAUUCGAAUUAGAAUCUAAAUUUGGUGAUUUUGUUAAAGGUACUCCAUGCGCUGUUUGUAAUAAUCGAAUGCGAUUUCGUCUACAACAUUGUGCUUACUGCAAAAUCAAAGUACAUAAAAGUAGCAUUUCUCAUUCAAGACGACUUCCUUGCACAGGAGCUUCCAGUGGAAAAAACAAUGAAUUACACGAAUUCAAAGGUUCUCCAAAUAUGCCUCGUCAAUUGCAUACAAAUGUUUUAACAACUAGUCAAACAAAUCUUCGUCCUGCCCAUUCUACUCCAGCAUUUCAAAGUUCUGAUUCAAACAGUGCUUCGUCAUGUACAAGUUCUACACCAGGUUCACCAUUUGUCACCGGUACAUCAUUGAUUAGUACAACGUUAGCUGCAUCAUGUUGUACUCGUUUAGACAGUGGUUAUGUUGGUGUUGGUAGUAAUGGUAGUAGUACUACUGGUCAAAUGAUUUCAUUAUUUUCUCCUCCAUUACGAAAUUUAAGCAACAGUGGUGGUUGUAUGUUUAAUCCUUCUAAUCCAAGUCAUUUAUCUUCACCAGUUAGUAUACAUUCUUACGGAACAGUUAAUGCUGGAAUUGUAACUAAUACACAACAACAACCUCAUUCUCCUCGACAUUCCGGUCAAUGCUUUAAUCAUUUUGAAUUUCCAAUUGUCAGUCAUCCAAUCAUAGAUAAUCAGUUAGUAGACGGGAAUUUCAAUAAUAAUGUGAAUAAUAAUAGUCCUUUAAUUAGUACUGUGUCGUCUGGAGAAAGUGAACGAACUGUUGUUGACAAUGCAGUACACCGGUUUGAAUCAAUGGAUAGUCAAGAUGAAUCAUCUUUAAUGAGAACGAAUAGUAUAUCGGUUACACUAAAAGAAUGGGAUAUACCAAUGGAAAAUUUAUUUAUUGGUGAAAUAAUUGGACGUGGUACAUUUGGUACAGUAUAUCGUGGUAAAUGGCACGGUGAAGUAGCUAUUAAACGUAUAGAUUUCGAUCCAGAAGAUGUUGAUGAUUCAAUACGUGUUGAAGCGUUUAAACGUGAAGUUGCAUUGCUACAUAAAACACGCCAUGAGAACUUAGUACUAUUUAUGGGUGCUUGUAUGAAAGCACCUGAUUUAGCUAUUGUUACACAACUUAGUCGAGGUGAAACAUUGUAUCAUUUAAUUCAUGAUCGUGAUAAUAUUAUGCCAAUUAAUCGUACAAUAAGUAUAGCUAGUCAAAUAGCUAAAGGGAUGGGUUAUUUACAUGCUAAAGGCAUUGUACAUCGAGAUUUAAAAACACGAAAUUUAUUUUUAGAAGAUAAUUCACGUGUUGUCAUUGGUGAUUUUGGUGUAUUCAAUUUUGUACGUCUUUGUAAAAAAGCUAAUUUGUUCAAGCAGACACUCAGGUUCCGCUCAAACGAUUCAUUUGAGACAACCAUGUGUUUGACAACCGACAAAUACAGUUGAACGAAUUUAGGAGAUGACAGUGUCCAACAGGAUCAGAUUAUGCUCGGUGAACAGUCAUUGUUUGGCCUGACCACAACAACUGCUUCUUACAUUCAACUAAAUCUGUUUGAUUGAGAUCAUGAACCGCCAUUGAUGAUAGAUCACCAUUGAAACCUAGAAGCACUGGAUGGCCGCUUCGUCCUGUUUGGAUUAAGGUCUCUAACCGAACGAUUCUGUCAGGAUUAUGUGGUUGAACAAUAAAUAUAAUCUUCACAACUAUCUGAAUACUGGCAACAUAAUACGAGUUUUCUCAGAAAAAAUAUACUUUUAAUUAAGUUAUAGUGAUAGUGUAAAAUAACUGACAUUGUCAUUUAAAAACAUCAUUCUGUUGACCUCAUUUGCUUGUAAGAAUAACAGUGAUUAUACUUUCUUGUUGUCUAUCACCUCAUUAUUUCUAAUAAAUCAGAUAAUAUGGUGGUAUUCUCUAUUGUGUAGUGGGCGUGAAAUGAAUCUUAAUUAGAAUAAGGAAUGCCGCAUUCUAAUAAUGUGUGUAGGUAACUAAUUUUCAUCUACUCACACAGAAUAGAGAUCAAAGAAAUUCUCAUUUUACAAAUACAUUACUACUUUGAUGAAAAGCAAAUGAAGUGAAAACACAUAUUUUGGCUUUCAAUGCAUAGUAAGUUUUGCGUCAGCUGUGAAUAAACACAGUAACUGUUUACCGCCUAAAAUGAAAUUUGUUUGGUGUUCGUUUUCCUAUGGAAUGAAUGAUCUGUCUAUCAUGGAAUGAAAGGAAACAUUGUCAGAUGAAUGUUGUCUUUUUUUUAAUUGACGUGCAAUUCUGAAUGACUGUGAUUUUCGUUGCCGUUGACUGAAAUUCAAAUAGUUAUACUCUCUGAACUGACCCAUGUUAUUACUACUGAAUUAUUAUUAAAAAUCCUACAGUGGACAUGUUGAAUAAUUUGUGUUCGGAUAAUGAACUAUGCAUCUUCGAAUUUGAUCGUCUCAGUAUUCGCAUUAUAAUGUCAAAAUAAUAUCAUCACUUCUUCUCGUUGAAACAAUAUUUUUCUCUUUCGACUCUUGUUUUAGACUUUCUUGGUUGACGUAGUCUGUCUCAGUGGUGUGUGACGAACUUAAUCAUGCCUAAGUUAUGUAGUCUGCCUGCACAUCGCAAAGUGUUUGUUUCUUUCUAUCAUGUCAAGCCUGUAUUUUAAAAUGGCAUCCAACCUGGGUCCGCUUUACCCUUGUCAACCGGAAUGAUUUUUUGCAUUCAUUUCAGAAUACUAACCGAUCCACUAUACUUUGGAUUAUAAAGAUUCUUAAAAUAGUGGCACCAUCAUCUCUUGAACUAAUGACUGAUAUCUGCAUAUUCGAAAGUUGAAUGAACAUAUGUUGAAUAGUAAGAAAUGUUUCAUUUCUGUCCCUUUGCGGGAAUGAAUUUGAAUACCAAAUGACAGACAUAUCAAAAUCGUUUGACUUCUUGAAAAUUUGAUCAACAAUAAUCAACAUUCAAUAAAAAGAUUGCAUUUAUUCAACAGUAAAAUGUGUCUAUCCAGAAUAUUGUGUCACGAUGAGCUUGUUGAUCAUAAUGGCAAAGCAGUUGUCACGGCAGGGUAGUAUCGACAAGUGAAUUUUACUCCACACAUAAGAUUCCUUUAGGUGAUUUAAUGCUAGUUGCCUCGACAAACCGUAGUAAGUUUGACGUUCUCUGUUUAAUAAUUGAAGGACUUUGAGAAAUCAACGCAACAGACACUGUCAAUCGACUGAGGGCCGUUGCAAUGUCAUGGCAUGAAGUUGCAAGCAGCAGACGAGAAGCGAAGAAUAUGAUGCGUUGGCGUUAUUCUGCUACAAUAGUUGUUCUCCCUUUAUUAAACUUUAGAAAUAGAAAGACUUGUAUGAAAACUGUGAAUGUCGUCAAGUGAAUAUAUCAAUGUGAAAUGGUAAAGAUAGUUCCUUCUUAUCACGAAUCAAACAAUAACUAGUUACUAAUAAUUAGUUAAGGAAGAAUACAUGUUAUAUAUAAUUGAUCAAUUAACAGACCAACAUGACAUCAAUUAUUUUGAUUUGACCAAUCAAUGGGAAUAUCUCUGUCUCACAAGAGGUCGCUUGUGAUUCCAGUAAGGUAGCAUUUAUUUCUCAAAUCGAAAACCCUGUCUAACUCAAUUAAAAAUCCUCCUCAAAACCGUCGACUGAAAGUGUGGAUUUAAAUUGUCGAGUUGAACAUACCUGGCUUGUUGAUCAAAUAUUCAACUAUAAAUGCUGCUUCAUGUGGAAAUUCAUUUUAGUUUCGUCGAAAAAUAAGGACGAAUUCCAUUACCAAAUGAUAUUUCAAAAUGUAUUCAACUCCAUGUAAAGUGUUACGGCUUUCAUUUAACAAUGACAACCGACUUCAUUCGAACAUACAUUUGAUCAACAGUAAAACGUAUCUAUCCAGGAAUGAACGACAAUCGAAAGAAGUGAGCACGUCACAUGGUUAAAAAUUUAUGUCAACGAACCUCACAGUUAUUCGUAAUCACAUAUCAUUUCAACAGACGUAGAUAUUCAUCUUACAGGGUGUCGCCUCAUUCCAAUGGCAGACAGAGCAUUCUUCAGACUUCAGUGAAGAUGAGAACUGGCUUUCACCUGACGACGAUAACCAAAUUCAUUCGAACAAACAUUUGAUCAACAGUGAAAUGUAUCUAUUCAGAAUAUCGGGAAACGUCGAGUUCAUACGUCAAAAUGGUUGAUAUAAAUCAACACACAUAAUGUGAUGCAGAUUAUGUCAUCAGGACAAUUGAACACUGCGUUAUAGACAAUACACGUCUUACAUAAUAUCUAUUCACGUCUAAAUGAAUUUCGAUUAUUAGUGAGCAUUCUAUACAUUGACAAACUGAUGAUGUGAAAACUGGAGGAUUCUAUAAGCAAACAUACACAAAAUUCAUUACAAUUUAGUUGGUAAACAGUUACUGUGUUUAUUCACAGCUGACGCAAAACUUACUAUGCAUUGAAAGCCAAAAUAUGUGUUUUCACUUCAUUUGCUUUUCAUCAAAGUAGUAAUGUAUUUGUAAAAUGAGAAUUUCUUUGAUCUCUAUUCUAUGUGAGUAGAUGAAAAUUAGUUACCUACACACAUUAUUAGAAUGCGGUAUUCCUUAUUCUAAUUAAGAUUCAUUUCACGCCCACUACAAAAUAGAGAAUACCACCAUAUUAUCUGAUUUAUUAGAAAUAAUGAAGUGAUAGACAACAAGAAAGUAUAAUCACUGUUAUUCUUACAAGCAAAUGAGGUCAACAGAAUGAUGUUUUUAAAUGACAAUGUCAGUUAUUUUACACUAUCACUAUAACUUAAUUAAAAGUAUAUUUUUUCUGAGAAAACUCGUAUUAUGUUGCCAGUAUUCAGAUAGUUGUGAAGAUUAUAUUUAUUGUUCAACCACAUAAUCCUGACAGAAUCGUUCGGUUAGAGACCUUAAUCCAAACAGGACGAAGCGGCCAUCCAGUGCUUCUAGGUUUCAAUGGUGAUCUAUCAUCAAUGGC